UGCUGGCAGCCUCAGACCGUUCUAGCCUUUGCUCGUGAGAGGAAGUGUAGUUCUGUGCUCUAAUAUCCCCUCUGCACUAGGCUUGCUACUUUGUGUGCACACGGCCUUCGAGGGUUUGAUUACUGGUAAAAGACUGAAAGAAUACUCUGAUCUGAAGAUAUUACUUGUAAGGAAAAACAGAAGUAUCUGAGUCUCGACGGGCGGUCAUAGUGAAACCUCGUCAGGUGAAAGGAUUGGUGAAUUUAAAUGCCUAGUCAACCAAAGCGCCAAGUGGCCCUCCCAACGAGCACGAUGCUGUACAACUCUGUUGAUAACUACUACCCCGCUGAUCAUGAAGACAACAGACGUGUCUACGACAGCAAUUGGCUUAGCGCAGUGGAUGACGUUCACGUCGAUUGGUCAGUCAGGUUAAGUAGUGUGAGGAUGAACAAGCACGACGAGCUCUCAGAUUUCUCCUCCCAGUCCAUACUGUGCGCCAUGGACCGCUUCGUUAAGGCUGUCAAUAACAUGAACGAGACAGUAAUGGUACCUUGCAGAUUGUUGGAUGUGGAUGUUGAUCACGUGAAGACCUCACAGAAGGUACCCACCCUGCUGCGUGGUGGUGGCAACCCAUACAACUUCUACACUGUUCUCAACUCAGUUAAAAAUGACCUCAUUUGGGGUCCUACCUCCAACGAUGAUGACGACAGCGACAACAGCACAGUGUCAACUCCUGUAACCAACACUGCAAGAUGGUCAGACCAGUCUUCCACUGUUUCCAGUACAGGUCAUGUCAAGGGUCACAUGCGACGACAGAGCACUCUCUCAAUGAUAUCCAUGUCCUCAAACACCUCUGAUGGCGAGAGUGAAGGUGGGUGCGAUGUGAGCGAAGGCGGGGACUCUGGCGUGGAGGGUGAAGAAGGUAAUGAUGUGGCUGCUAACGUCAUGGACUCCCUCAGAACACACCUGAUGGGACUCCACUCGUGUCUCAGUAACCUUACAGAUAUGGCUACGUACAUCACCGAUCGCUACCAGGAGGAGGUAAAUGCGUAGAGGGACCUCUACCCUUUACUAGUCAUAACUGCAUCAACGCUGAAAGACCUCGGCGUUGCACCACCAUCCAGUUGUUGGAUUGGAGUCUCCUUGAUUAAAUGUGGUAGUCAAAACAGCUGGGACAAUAUAUCCCACCCCAGUUGUUGCGGGCCACAACCCACACUGGAGGGGCAGGUCCCCUCGACUUGUCUGUGAUAGUGCGCGGUCACCCCUCGCUGUCCUCUCUCCCAUGUGCAAUGGUGAACGCCAACAACCCCAUUGCUGUACCCUCGUGUUGAAUGCACAAAUUUGUCCAUAUCCCCCACAUGUCUGAGCAAUUAAGUCCCUAAACACUGUACAGUAUAGGAUAUUAUUUUUGUGAAGUGUCGGUAUUCUCUUUGUUCUGCAUUUCCUUGUAGCGGUCGUUCAUUUCAAGGCAAACUUGCAGGUUUUACUUAAUCAGCAAUGAUUUUGUCAUGAAAAGCGAGAGUAAAUUUAUUUUGUUAAAUGCUAUAAAGGAGUAUAAACAUCACAAAGUUAAUAGCCAUAGACGUUAAAUUAUAAUUUAGGAUGGCCUUGGAUAGCUUUAGGAUAUACGUAUGUCAAUCAUAGCAAGGUUAGGUGAUUUUUAAAUUAAUUACCUUAAAAAGUUAAUUCACAUUAAUUUAUUGAUAAAUGCAAGAGCAAAAUUUUUCGAAAAGUUUAUUGGUAUGAAAAUUUGAGCAUAUAGGGUAUGAAGCACAAUAUUGCUUUUAUUUUUUAACCACUUCCCCACCGGACCAAUUUUGUGUAGUGAGGGGGCAGGGGGAGUUAAUAUUGUGUGGAAUAUGGAGGGCAGUAUCAGUGUUACUGCGAGGGGUUCAGUGUACACCGCCUCUACACACCGCUGUACACAGACUGGCGCACGUUUCAUGCAUAUUGUAUGGGAAGUGAUUAUAGUAGCAGUAUAAUUAUUUUGUAUUAUUGAUUAGUCAUUCAUAUAUAAAGUGUUUUUUGUAGA